UUGCUAGGAGGGAAAAGGGAAAAGAGUGUGUACUGUAAGUCCAGCUCACUUCGUAAUCUUUAAAUCAUACAGAGAAGUUGUAGCUUUAGCGUUUUGGGGGGAAACACGGUGAUCAGUGAAGUAGCCGGCUAACAAACUGCUGCUGGUCAGCAGCUCCACGCACCCUCAGACGGCCUGUCAGCCUUUACCCUCAGUGACCUCCCUUUACCCGGCGUCUCCACAGUAGAAGAUGACCGAGCCAGAGCUACUGACCGAGGUCCCAGCAGCGCUGAAGCGUCUCGCCAAGCAAGUGGUCCGGGGCUUCUAUGGGGUGGAGCACGCCUUAGCCCUGGACGUGCUCAUCCGCAACCCGUGUGUCCGUGAGGAAGACAUGCUGGAGCUGCUCAAGUUCGACCGGAAGCAGCUGCGCUCAGUGCUCAACACCCUGAAGGGCGAUAAGUUCGUCAAGUGCCGCAUGAGGGUGGAGACGGCGCCCGAUGGCAAGACGACGCGACACAACUACUAUUUCAUCAACUACAGGCUGCUGGUCAACGUGGUCAAAUAUAAACUGGACCACAUGCGACGGCGCAUCGAGACAGAUGAGCGAGACUCCACCAACCGCGCCUCCUUCCGCUGCCCCUGCUGCCUCUCCACCUUCACUGACCUGGAGGCCAACCAGCUGUUUGACCCCAUGACAGGGACGUUUCGCUGCACCUUCUGCCAGACGGAGGUGGAGGAGGAUGAGUCUGUGGUACCCAAGAAGGACGCCAGGACGCUGGUGGCACGCUUCAACGAACAGAUCGAACCCAUCUACGUGCUGCUGCGUGAGACCGAAGACGUGAACCUGUCACAUGACCUGCUGGAGCCCGAGCCCGCUGAGAUCCCCGCCCUCAAACAGAGCCGCGAGCGCGCUGCAGCGUCUGGAGGAACCUCGGCAGGCGGCCCGCACCGCGAGGCCUGGUCCAACAAGGGCUCGUCCUACGCCGACCUGUACACCCAGAACGUGGUGAUCAACAUGGAGGAGCAGGACGAGCAGCGCAGCAAGGCCGGCGAGGCCAAGGCAGCCCGGGAGAGGCCGGUGUGGCUGACCCAGAGCACGGUGCAGGGCGCCUACAGCGAGCCCGACGCCCUCAACAACUCUGCAGACUUUACACCUGGAGUCCAGGACGGCGCCGACAGUCAGGGCAUCGGCCACUCCGAUGAAAAUGAAGAAGUGAUGCGCGCUCUCCUCAUCCACGAGAAGAGAAGCACGGCCGGAUCCGGCGCGGGAGGGGCCAGCGCCGCCGCCAGAGCGCUGGGAUCUGCCACAGGCAACGCCAGCGACUCGGAGAGCGACACCAGCGAAUCCGACGACGACUCUCCCCACGCACCCCCCCCUGCCGUGGCCGCACAGCACAGGGGAGAGGAAGAGGAGGAGGAGGAGGAGGAUGAAUUUGAGGAGGUUGGGGAUGAACCCAUGGUGAUGGUAGGAGGCCGGCCCUUCUCCUACCGAGAGGUGAGCCAGAGGCCCGAGCUGGUGGAACAGAUGAGUGCGCAGGAGAAGGACGCCUACAUCGUGAUGGGAACAAACCUCUUCCAGGACAUUUACUUCUGAACACACACACACACACACACACACACACACACUCUCUCUCUCUCUCUCUCUCUCUCUCUGAAGCUUUUUGAUGAUUAAUGUUGACUCUGAGUUCCCGAACACGAGUGUCUGCUGUUUUUUCUCUGGUUGUGUUGAGGAGGAGCUUCUUCAGAGGAGACCCAGAAGCUUCUGGUGAUGUUUCUCCUGACAGCUUCACACUCUGACAUGAGAUCAGCGGCCGUGCUUGUCCAGUGUUUCCUCAGCGAGCCAAGCCUGUUAGUAUUCUGUCAAGUAUUUUCUAACGUCAGCACACCUUACAGGAGCUAAACAAAUGCAAUUUGUGCCAAUUUGACGUUUUUUGUUUUUAUUUCCACCUCAACUGUAAAUCUAAGGUCCUAUGUUUUCAUUUUUCUGAAAUCAUAACUGCAAAACUAAACUCAGACUAAUGUGGAAUACUAUGGAAAUGUGACGUUUUGGUUAAAUUGCUGUACACAUUAGUAAAACACUUGUUAAUCUGAGUUAUUUCUGUAAUAAAAAGGCGUUGCAGUUUGGCAACAUAA